AUCUACUCGUCCCCCAUGGCCGCCGCCGCCACCACUUCCCCGGCGCCGGCGGUGGUCUGGGUCUUCGCCGCCGCCACAUGCAUCAAGCUCCUGCUCGUCCCCACGUACCGCUCCACCGACUUCGACGUGCACCGCUACUGGCUCUCCCUCACCCACGCCCUCCCCGCGCGGCGGUGGUACACCGACGCCUCGUCGCAGUGGACGCUCGAUUACCCGCCCUUCUUCGCCUACUUCUCCCGCCUCCUCGCCCUCCCAGCGCCCCUCGUCGACGCUUCCCUUGUCUCCCUCCCCGUUCCCGAUGCGCCGCCCUCCUUCGCCUACCUCCUUUACCUCCGCCUCACCGUCGCCUUCUCUGACCUCCUCCUCCUCGUCUCCGUCCUCCUACUGGCCACGGACGCGCACAGGAAGCGGCGGCCGUUCCUCGCCCUCGCGCUCGUCCUGUGGUCACCAGCACUGCUCGCCGUGGACCACAUACACUUCCAGUACAACGGCUUCCUGAUGGGGCUGAUGCUGUUGUCGUUGCAUUUUCUUGAGCAAGGGAGGGAUCUCGCCGGCGGGGUCGUUUUUGCUGCUUUGCUGUGCUCGAAGCACCUGUUCCUGGUGGCAGCGCCACUCUGCUUCGUGUAUCUGUUCCGGCACUAUUGCUGUGGCCGCGGCUUGGUGAGGGGACUGGGAAGGCUGGUGCUGAUGGGUGCUGGCGUGGCUGCUGUGUUCGCUGCAGCAUUUGCGCCCUUCCUGUACUAUGGGCAGAUGCAACAACUCUUCAACCGGCUUUUUCCGUUUGGUCGAGGCCUGUGCCAUGCUUAUUGGGCACCCAAUUUCUGGGUAUUCUAUAUUACACUUGACAAGAUCCUCGCAUUUCUUCUUAGAAGGCUAGGCUUCAACAUCCAGAUACCUGAAGCUUCAUUUACGGGUGGACUUGUUGGUGAUUCGUCUCCUUUUGCUGUUCUUCCUAAGGUCACUCCAAUAACUACGUUCUUAUUGGUCAUACUUGCUAUGUCUCCUUGCCUUAUGAAAGCAUUCUCUAAUCCCCAACCAAGGCACAUUAUUAGAUGGGUGUCAUAUGCAACGACAUGUGGGUUUAUGUUUGGAUGGCAUGUACAUGAGAAGGCAUCGCUUCAUUUCACUAUUCCGCUUGCCCUAAUUGCCAUGGAUAGCUGGGAGGAUGCCAAGCAUUACUUUGUGUUGUCAAUAGUUUCAUGUUAUUCAUUGUUCCCAUUGUUGUUUGAGAACCAAGAAUAUCCGAUAAAGGUUCUUCUUCUGUUGACCUAUGCUACCCUCAUGUGGGUAGGGUUUUCUUCCCAUUUUGCCGCAAACUCUGCUCAGGAAGGGAAGAAUGUAAAUGAACCAGGCAGCAUAAGCAAGAAAAAUAGUUUCGUUGGGUGGAUCAGUUGUAGCUAUCUUUUAGGAAUUCUUGCUAUAGAAUUAUGGUCUCAGGUAUUCCACCACUAUGUAUUUGGCAACAGAUUUCCUUUCCUCCCUCUCAUGAUGGCAUCAAUUUACUCUGGUGUUGGAAUGAUGUAUUCAUGGAUGUGGCAACUAGCAUGGAUUGCCAGGCACACCUAAUAUGGUCUCUGGUUAGCAA